AGUCGGGAUCAAGAUGGCCAGCGCGGUUGUGUGUGCGGUGUUGGUAGGACUCCUGCAUCUGUCCUGCGCCAGCCAAAGCGACCCUGUUCCUGAAGACGUAUCCUUCACUCUCUUUUCAAGGUCGAACCGCAACGACGGCGUCGACAUCCACUACACCGACACGAGCCUCGACCCCUUCUUCGACGGCACUCGCAGGACGGUCGCCAUCGCCCACGGCUUUCAGGAGGAUGGCUAUAAUUCGGUGUGGAUGAACGCUGUGAAGGAUCUGGUGCUGGAUGUGAUUGACGCGAAUGUGAUAAGAGUAAACUUUAAGACCCUUGCGGCCGCUCCGAGGUACGACCUGGCCGCCGCCGACACGUCCUUCAUCGGGAAGGAACUGGCGAGUCUCCUGAACGACUUGAAGCGUCGAGGGGGACUUUCUCCCUCGGAGGUCCACCUUAUUGGCUUCUCUCUCGGGGCUCAGGUCAUGGGCGUCGCCGGCCACAACUUCAAGACGGUUGACAGGAUUACAGGUCUGGACCCCGCCUACCCCCUCUUCGGCGAGGCUCCCCUGCAAGACCGCCUGGACCCCAGCGACGCCUCCUUCGUGGACGUGAUCCAUACGAACAGCGGCCCCCUCCUGACGGGCCACCUGUCCUUCCUGGACCCCGUGGGCCACGUGGACUUCUAUCCCUGCGGCGGACACGAUCAGCGCGGUUGUCCCAAACUGAUCGACGAAGUGCUGGAGAAUCUGGCCGAUCUCACCUUGGAUGACAUUGACGCCUGCAGCCACAGUCGAGCUCCAGAGUAUUUCAUUCAGUCUCUAUCAGCCAAUGACUUCUUAGGAUUCAAGUGCGCCAGUUACGAAGAUUUCGAGAGGGGUGACUGCCUCAGUGUCACAAACACCCUUGGCUGGUAUGUUGACCGGAACAACGAGGGUACUUUCUACAUGGAUACUCUCACUGGAGCUCCAUUUGUUGCCUUGCAGGCCACGGCUACGUUAACUGUCGGCUCGACAGAGGCUCACGGCGACCUCUUCCUCAGGGUCAAGAUCUCUGGCAUGGAAGACAACGAGUGCCAGAUCUUGAACGGGUGGGAGCGUGAACGGAUACAGCCAGGGAGCGUCAGGACCCACAUCGUGCCUGUCCCUCAGAACGGCGGCAUAACGAGCACACAGGUCGAGCUCGAGUAUGUUGUCAACGAUCUCUGGAUCGGUUCGAACUCCUACUCAAUUGAGAUCGCUUCCGUUGAUGUGGAUACUUAUGGAUCUCAUUCCUGUGUUGUUUCGAGUGCCACCCUGCAGAACGGUGUACCGAGGACAUUCUCGCCCUCCGCUGGAUCGUGUUAGCUUUAUUGCGCGCGAAAGAGACAAAAAAUACCGGUAACGAGCUGCAUAAAUUGAAAUUAAUCCGUUACUGUAGAAGACUUAUUAAAAUGAAUAAUUUAUUCAGUAUAAUAAGAAAAUAUUGGCA